AUUGGGCUAUUCUUCUUUUCUACUUGCUUUCAUUUUGCUACUUGUUGAUUGUUGUCAGAAAUAUGUAAACAUUUGGUGAUUUAUUUAGUUUUGGUUUGUUUUACUGUUCUAUUAUUAAGCACACAACUCAGCCUCAAGAGGUUAAAAUGGCAGAAAGUUACCUAAGUUGUUCAGAAGACCAACCCAGAGAUCUCACUGUUAAGACUGCCAAAAAAAUGAAACCUAUCCCUCCUCCAUUGAACCUUUCUGCCGAAGAGAGGGAGAAAAUGCCAUUAUCCAUGCUCAAAGAGUUUGCUAUCAUCGCUACAAGUCCAAAGAGCCCACUGAUGCAGAAACAUCUGCCAUUUAGGAAAAGAGCGCACAGCAUACCUGUUAACCUGGCCAAAGCAGACGCUGAAGUGACGAUUAUUCCUCCGAUAGCAGAGGAAAACACUGUCUCUACCUCGGAAAGCACUGUUCCUUCGUCACCUAGUAUAAAAUACUGCGCUGAACAAACAACAAGUGUCGUCUCUCCAGCCGUCUCUGGCCUACGAUCUCAUUUAGAACCGAUCUCACAUGAUCUCACAGACAGCUUCGUCCUUGAUCUCUCUACAAACGGUUCGGUGUUGCUAAGUCCUGCGCCUUCCUCGCUCGGAAGCAGCAGAGAAGAGUUGGCAGACUCCAGACUGGUUCACAGGUUUGGCUCUUGGAAGUGUCCGUGGCCGUCGCCCGUUUGGCAUUGUUUCCAGUCAGGUGUAAGAGUAAAAGUGGGAGGCUGUUGGCGACUCGUGGAACAGAUGCCAUCCUUUCCCAACGACUGGUCGGGAGAGCUGCUAGUGGAGCGAGUCACUCCCUCCCCUACUCCCCAGGUGGUCUGUUGCUCCCUCUCGUCCUACGGCGAGGUCAUUGCAGAAGUCACCCCUUGCCACCCCUUCCUUGUCAAGGAUCGUGGGUGGGUUGCCGUCUGCCCAGACAGUUUCCAGAAGCGCUACGGACUCAAGUGCCUGCCGCUGCAGCCGGGUGAUGUAAUACUGCAUCCUCUCCUCCCAUCGUCUCUCCCAUUACCACUCCCCUCGCCUGACAUCUGCGAGAGGAUAAAGAGAUUCAGUUUUCCAACCAUGGAAGAGCCUCAACCUCAGUCUCCGGCGUUUCUACUCUCACCUCCGACGACUCCAACACGUAAAACUCAGGAGUCGGACAAACCCAAGCGGCCGAUGAAUGCCUUCAUGCUGUUUGCAAAACGUUACCGGUUGGAGCUCAUUCAAACUAACCCAGGAAAAGAUAACAGGGCCAUCAGUGUAAUAUUGGGCGAGGCGUGGAGGAUGCUUCCUCAAGAGGAGAGAGACAAGUAUAUUCAAGGUGCUCGAGAUCUCUCAGAAGAGCAGAAACUGCUCUACCCGGAUUGUUGGAAGAGGAAACGCUCCCAUUCCACCAGUUAAUCUACCAAUGUGUAAAAAGUUCAACUGUUGUUCAGGUUCACGCUUUAUCUCGCAUUAUUUUUCCUCGUCGCUUUUGCACGGCUAUAUAUAAUAGGAAGUGAUGCUUUUAUUUUGAUAAUUACCUAGUUUUAAGCGUUAACAUUGAUUGUUGUGCAAUGUGGUUAAUAUUGGUAUUGUUUAGCUCGCUAAAUUUUCAAAACGUUGAAUUGCAACUGAGUGUUUUAAUUUGAUCGUGGUUGACUUUUUAAAGUGAAAGAAACUUACCAUAAAAUAUUUUACUCAUCUUUACAAGCUCAAAGCUGUUCACAUUAAAUAUUAAAUUACUAAUCUCUAUUUUAACCGUAGCAUAUUGAUUGACUUAAGUCAAAAUAAUCGUCUUAAUCCUGGUUUUUUAGAUGGUAUACUUUUUUAUGGUAAGCAAAGAUCAAUUGAUUCUUGUUUGUAAAUGAUCUCAAUGACCUUUCUAAUGUUCUCAUGGUCUAAUAGACCAAAAAUAUAGUUUAGAUUUAUUACGACUGCCAGUUUUUGUCACUUGAAGUGUGUUUUUAAAUUCACAAAGUGGUACAGCAACAAGAACAUAGGUGAAAGAUCUCAUUAAAAUGUUAAUUUAUGUAGUCAAAACACAAAUUUGAUUAAUUUAAACACCUAGCAAAGGUUUAACAUUAAAAUAACAAAUGUUAUGUAUCACUGAAGUGGUGUAUUAGUACAUUUUCCGCUGCGGGGCCCACCAUUGUCGAAGAAAGAUAGAUCGUGUACCACACUGUCCUGCUCCACUACACCACUGCUUAUCAGAAGAAUCAUAGUGUAUUUUCAGUGUAUAAACUCGCUUGGCUCAAAUAUUCAAGCCAUCACAGUAUCACAGAUAAUUAGCAUUUAAUUUUGUGCCAAAGUUGAGAAGUUUUUAUACUGAA